AACUCUUUCUCUCUCUCUUUUUCUUCUUCCCUCUUCUCUUCCUUGUUGCGUAUGGAGAAGGGAGAAGAGGUGUUUUGUAUGAAAAGUCAGCGACUCUCUUUCUCUCUCUUCAAAGCCGCUCUCUUUGUUUGUUUAUGAGAAGAACAUGACUUCCAAUUAGCUUCACAGCCUCUUUGCCUUUUGCUUCCCCAGCAGAAAUCUUCUCCCCCAAAGGUGUCUCAUAGCUUAUCCAAGCACCAAAUUCACAUACCAAAGUGCAUGUCUUUCACGUCUGUUCGGUAUAACAGGUGCCAAACUCUGGUCAAAUGAUAUUGGUUUUGUGAUCCUUCAGCUGGUUUCCCAUAUAAAGAAGUAUGUGCAGUUACUUUAGGCAAAGGAUGGAGAAUUAUCAAGGAGAUUUGGCUGACAUAGUUCGAGCUAGCGGCAGCGGUGGGGCGCGCACCUCCGAUGAGCCUGUUGCUGACUGGCAAUUUCCAAGCGAGCCCAUGAUUUUUUCGCCGGUGGUAGAUGAACCCUUGGAUGACUUUGGCGAUCCCUUCUCAAAUAUGCGAGAUCCGCUUCUUCAUGAGCUUGGCAUAGCUGGUUCAGGCUUCUUCGGCAGCUCAAAUUCAAGUGAGCUUACACAAACCAGUGGGGAGGACACAAGUAGCAACCUUGUUGGAGGCGGCGGUAUGUUUGGUCAGAAAAUUCUUGACGAGGACAUGAAAAGGCCUUGCAAUAUCUUCUCAAGGAUGCUUCAGAUCUCGCCCAAUGCUAGGAUGCCGAUCUCUCCAUGCGAGUCCCAGAUAGUUGCAGCUUCGCCGACGGGAAUUAAGACUUCCGCCUUGGCUCCUAAUGACAUGAUUAGUGGCAACAGCUCCAAAGGUUGCUUGAUGGACAGUACUGCUUUGCAGAUCUCGUCUCCACGAAAUCCGGGUAUCAAGAGAAGGAAGAGCCAGGCAAAGAAGGUGGUUUGUAUUCCAGCUCCAGCAGCAGCAAACAGCAGGCCAAGUGGAGAAGUAGUUCCAUCUGAUCUCUGGGCGUGGAGGAAGUACGGUCAGAAGCCCAUCAAAGGUUCUCCUUACCCAAGGGGCUAUUACAGAUGCAGUAGCUCAAAGGGUUGCUCGGCCAGGAAACAAGUGGAACGAAGCCGAACUGAUCCAAACAUGUUGGUCAUCACCUACACUUCUGAACACAAUCAUCCGUGGCCAACGCAGAGAAAUGCCCUUGCAGGCUCAACCAGAUCUCAGCCAUCAAAAAACAAUGGAGCUUCAAAGAACUCGGGGAGCUGUCAGUCGACCCAGAAGGCAACAGGGUUGAAGGAAGAAAACAAAGAGAGCUAUAACAACGAUGACAUGUCUCCUAUUGUUGGUGGGAGUUCCACAACAGGUGCGUCUGUGAAAGAGGAGAUGGGAAACGUUGAGAAGCAGCUAGAGAUGGAUGAUAGUGAAUUCAGUGAAGGGUUUCCAAGAAGCUACAAGCCUGCAAUGCCGGACUCCAACCAGUCGGAGGACUUCUUCGCAGAUUUAGGAGAAAUAGAGGCUGACCCUCUAAAUCUAUUGUUCGCACAGGGAUUCUCAUCAGGAGAUCAUGAAGAGAGAGAAAGCAAGGCCUUGGAUCCAUUCAGUCUGUUUGAUUGGACAGGGAACAACAGCAAUACAUCAUUUGGAGAAGAUAAGAGGGGUUUAUAACAAAAGACCUAUAGCUUGAAACAAAACUCAGCCCCUGCUAAAAAAAUACUCUUUAGUUAGUUUGUGGUGCAAUUUCAUUCAAGGGUCCUGGCAUAAACUUGGCUACACUAGUUUGGAUUUCAUGUGGGGGGAGUGGGGUGGGGGGGAGAUUUCUACUUUCUGCCUUUUUUCUUGUUAUUUACCAGAACAGUCAGGAGAUUAGGAAAAAAGUGAAAGAGAGUGCUGGUUGAUUGGGAGCAGAACCAUGAGUCCCACAUUCCUUUUGGAAUAUUGGUGGAUGGGACAGAAAGCUGAGGAACAGAAGGUUUGAACAGUUAAAAUAAGUACAUUUAUCAGACAUGACUGGAAAGCUCAGUGAGGAGAUUGAUAGAAGAUGGGACUCUCGCCCUUUCUCUCAUCUUUCAAAGUGGAAAAAAUUAUUCAAGCGAACUUUGAUCAUGUGGGUAUUCUAAAAAGAAAACCAUGCUUUAAUUGCUUUGUUGUGAUCAGAAGAAAUAAAUGAAAGAUGACAAGAGCGAUAAUAGGGAUAUGUAAGAUAGAAAGAAAGUAUUAGGAUACCUCUUGACUUUUCUUAUCAAUCUCGCCUCUCUAGGGAUGUGUUAUAGAAAGAGAAACUGCAAAGCUUUUGGUUCCUCAGCUUUCUGUUCUUCAAUCCAUUCAACCUGUGUUUACUUUUGGAUUUUGCAAAUGUUUUAGCUAUUGAUCAUGUUUAUGAAAAAAGAUGUUACUGUCC